CCCGCCUGAGCUGACCCAGUGCGUGUCUGCCAGUCAGUCCCUCCGGACCUGCCGCGAGUCUCAGACUGCCGAAAUUACCGCGCGUCUCUCGAGCUUCCUUCUCCUUGGCUUUCUUCUGUUUGUGAACAGCUGCUUGGCCCAUAGCUUAGAGAAAUCGGCCUUUUUUCUCUCCCAAGAGAGCCACCUCCCUGUACUCAGAAAGAUGGGAAGUGGAGAGCCUAACCCUGCUGGCAAGAAAAAGAAGUACCUAAAGGCUGCCCUGUACGUGGGUGACUUGGACCCAGAUGUCACGGAGGACAUGCUAUAUAAAAAGUUCAGGCCUGCUGGCCCUCUGCGCUUCACCCGAAUCUGCCGUGACCCAGUGACCCGCAGUCCCCUGGGCUAUGGCUAUGUUAACUUUCGCUUUCCUGCAGAUGCUGAGUGGGCCCUGAAUACCAUGAAUUUUGAUUUGAUUAAUGGCAAACCUUUCCGCCUCAUGUGGUCUCAGCCAGAUGACCGCUUAAGAAAGUCUGGAGUUGGAAAUAUAUUCAUUAAAAACCUGGACAAAUCCAUAGACAAUAGGGCCCUUUUUUAUUUAUUUUCUGCUUUUGGGAACAUUCUUUCCUGCAAAGUCGUAUGCGAUGACAAUGGCUCCAAGGGUUAUGCCUAUGUGCACUUUGACAGCCUGGCUGCUGCCAAUAGAGCCAUCUGGCACAUGAAUGGAGUGCGGCUUAACAAUCGCCAGGUGUAUGUUGGCAGAUUCAAAUUCCCAGAAGAGCGAGCAGCUGAAGUCAGAACCAGGGAUAGAGCAACUUUCACCAAUGUUUUUGUUAAAAACUUUGGAGAUGACAUGGAUGAUGAAAAACUGAAGGAAAUAUUUAGUGGAUAUGGGCCAACUGAGAGUGUUAAGGUAAUAAGAGAUGCCAGUGGGAAAUCAAAGGGCUUUGGCUUUGUGAGGUAUGAGACACACGAGGCUGCCCAAAAGGCUGUGUUAGACCUGCAUGGAAAGUCCAUCAAUGGGAAAGUUCUAUAUGUAGGGCGAGCACAGAAGAAAAUUGAACGAUUGGCUGAGUUAAGACGAAGAUUUGAACGGCUGAGAUUAAAAGAAAAAAGUCGGCCUCCUGGGGUGCCUAUUUAUAUUAAGAACCUGGAUGAGACCAUCGAUGAUGAAAAACUGAAGGAGGAAUUUUCUUCCUUUGGAUCAAUUAGCCGGGCCAAAGUGAUGGUGGAAGUAGGGCAAAGCAAAGGGUUUGGUGUUGUCUGCUUCUCCUCUUUUGAAGAUGCUACAAAAGCAGUGGAUGAGAUGAAUGGUCGCACAGUGGGCUCCAAGCCCCUGCACGUCACCCUGGGCCAGGCCAGGUGCAGGUGGUGAGAAUAAGAAUGCUCAAUUUGUUUCAUCCUUAAGCUGGUGCCUACUUAGUUUGGGCUAUUUUGUGAUAAGAGGUUAUUUUAUGCCAGUUUUUUUUAAGUGAAUAUUUUCUUUUGAGAAAACAAACUAGAAAACUUUGUUCAUUUUAGUGAAGAACAUAAUUUCUAAUUGUGAAACUGUCAUUUUGUACUAUUUUUUGAUAAAAUAUCCUUAGGAAUAUGUAGAAUAAAAUUCAUCCCUCCACAUACCUCCCCCCCCCCAAAUCAGUCCAGGUAAGGUAAUUGAGUAGAGUUCCUUAUUUCAAUUAUAAUACUAAAUGUAAUUGCUUCAAUGAAAAUAUUCUCAAAAUGGACCUGAUUUCUGAAUGUAUCACACAGAAAACUUCUAAUUUGCUUUGUGAGAAAUCAAUAUAGCAGGGGAAAAUGUAUGCGAUCCAAUUAACAUUUGUGCAUAAUUUUACUUUAUUAUUUAAAAUGAAUGUUAUUUUAAGGAAAUGUGAGUUUCUUUAUUUAUACAUUUUUUCCCCUUUACUAACAUAUUGUGGGCAUACCACAAAGUUGACAGUGGCUUUGACUAAGUGUUGGAAGUUUUCUUAACUUCAUGCCCAGAGAAAUAAACAUAUUGGUGUUUUCUCAAUCAGUACCUUAGGAAAUUAACACUUUAAGCAUUAUUAAAAAGAUGAGUUUCAUCUUAAAGAUAUUUCCUGAGAGAUUUAAUAUAUUAGGACAGUCCAAGGAGCAUUCUUGCCACUCAUUUUUCUAACUCCUUAGUAGUAGAGAUGGGUCAUGUUAAAUUAAUGAAAAAGAUGAAUAACUGCAGUGAAUUGUCUUUACUUAUAGAUAAUUUUAAAAUCUUACCUCAGUCUCCAUAAACUGUCAAUAUAAAGGAUAAAUCAUCCAUAUAGUGAUGUUGGAAAACUAAUUUGAAGAAUAUCUUCUACUAAGCUUGUCAUUAUCUCUUGUAAAUUUUUAAUACAUCCAUGUGAUAAUAUUCACAUCUGUAUCAAAAUUAAGGAAAAGCUUGUCUCUCUUGAUUAAAUCACAUGCUUCCAUCUAUUAUAUGAAAGCUAUUAAUUCAGUAUGGUUCUCUUUAUGUCUGGCUGCUUGGAAGUUGUGACAAAAUGUUGUGUUCUAUAUUGCAGUUACAUUAUUUAGCCUGUAAUUUCUAGAUUACAAAUUUUCCAUAUUUUACUUCUAGUCCCCACUUUUCCCCACCAUCUACCUUCCAUCCGUAUUAUACUUAGUUUUAUGUUUUCUUUAGGUUGCCUCUCAUUUAAUAUGUGUUUGUUCAAAUCCUUUUUGGAAGUAGAGAAAUAAUUAUUUAAUUUAUGUAAAAUGUCAAUAAUUACUUUUUAAAAUACGAUUUUUUCAUAUCACAGAUCCAACCAUAGAAAAUGUAUUGUCUCUAUUCUUAAUUGGCUUUUAUUAUGUUAUAUAGAAAUUUUAGAUUACACACAUAAUUCAAUAUAAAUAAAUAAUUUUGUUAAUGCUUUUGUUAGCUAUUUGCCCAUAAAAUAAUGAGAAAAAGCUGUUUUGGUGUAAUUGUGUACCUACAAAUUACACUUAUAUUCAUUAUAAAAUAUUUUCAAAUGGAAAUCACUGUUUUUAUUGAUCAUAUACAUAAUACAUGAUCAUUGCUUUAAAAAAAUGUACACAAUGCAGACAUUUAUAAAAAAGCAAAAUUCCCACAGUUCAGAGAUCACCACUAUUAAUGUUUUCUGUGUGUACAUAUACUCCCAUGCCUUUUCUCCUCUGUAUACACACACUGUUUUACAAACAAAUAAAACACUUAUGUACUGUGUUUUGUUAAAUUUUAAACUAAAACAUAAUCAUUUUUUGUAUUUAUGUCAAUAAAUAUCAAUCUGUAUCAUCAUUUUAGUGACUGCACAGUAUUCUAUUGUGUGGAUGUACUAUAGAUUAUAUAAGUAAUGCAUUAUCGAAUAAGACUUAUAUGCUUUACAAUGUUUUCUACAUCUGUAAACAAUGCUGUGAUGGCUUAAAACAGUAUGAGUUAUAGGAGCUUGAGAAAAAGUAUAUACAGCAUGUAAAAGCUUAAGUCUACUAGAAAAAUUAAAAUGCACAUUAUAUUGAUAUAUGUGUCAAAAUUCUGAAAAAAUCAUUCAAGAUAUAUCCUUUACUGAAACUCACAAAAGUAAA